UGUUUAAUUUUUACCAAUUGGCGCAGGCGUUUAGACGAAUCGGUGAAAAUGGUUAAAAAGAAAAUAGAUAAUCGUAUUCGGGUGAUGAUUGAGAAUGGCGUAAAGCUUGGUCAUCGAACAAUGUUCAUUAUUAUUGGUGACAAGGCGCGCGACCAGGUACCGAUUCUAUAUGAUAUACUGAUCAAAUCGACAGUAAAGGCCCGACCCACUGUGCUCUGGUGUUAUAAGAAUAAGGACGAGGCUAUAUCCAAUCAUGGCAAGAAGCGAGCCAAGAAGAUUGCAGCCGGCAAAGUGGAUGUCAACGAAGCCGACUUGUUUGAUUCGUUUCGUGUGGCAACCACAAUACAUGGUCGCUACUACUCGGAGACACAUGCGGUGUUGGGCCGCACUUAUGGCGUCUGCGUGCUUCAGGACUUCGAGGCACUAACACCCAAUCUGUUAGCACGCACCGUAGAAACAGUGGAGGGUGGUGGCCUUAUCAUUCUUCUGCUAAAGACUCUGCAGUCGCUCAAACAGCUCUACACCAUGAGCAUGGAUGUGCACAAGCGCUUUCGGACUGAGGCGCAUCAGACGGUCACCUGUAGGUUCAACGAACGACUCAUUCUCUCCCUGGCCGACUGCAAACGUUGUCUGGUGGUUAAUGAUGACCUCACAGUACUGCCCCUUAGCUCCAAGACAAUAAAUGUAGAGCCUGUGAAUCCAGCUCAUAUUUCAAAAUCGGAAAAUGAACAGACCCUAUUGGAGUUGAAGGAGAGUUUGCAGACCGUACAGCCCGCCGGCCCGCUGGUGAACUUGUGCAAGACCUACGAUCAGGGCAAUGCCGUGGCUCAGUUCAUAGAGGCUCUGGUGGACAAGCAACUCAAGCCGCCCAUUUCGUUGACUGCGGCCCGUGGGCGUGGAAAAUCGGCUGCAUUGGGUCUGUCAAUAGCCGCCGCCAUUGCCUUUGGCUAUGUCAACGUCUAUGUAACCUCCCCGCAUCCUGAAAACUUGAUCACCCUCUUUGAGUUCGUCCUGAAGGGUUUCGAUGCGCUGGAGUAUCAAGAGCAUGCUGAUUACACUAUCAUCCGCUCCACCAAUGUGGAAUACAAGAAGGCGAUUAUUCGCAUCAAUAUAACGCGCAGCAAUCGCCAGACCAUUCAGUACAUAGCGCCCAGCGAUACGCAUUUGCUGAAUGCGGCCGACUUGCUACUGAUUGACGAGGCCGCCGCUAUUCCACUACCACUUGUGAAGAAGAUGGUGGGCCCCUAUUUGGUGUUCAUGGCCUCCACGAUCAAUGGCUACGAGGGCACGGGUCGUUCGCUCAGCCUCAAGCUGAUUUCGCAGCUGCAAAAAGAAAACAACGCACGCCCACCGAUCACGCUAGAAGAAUCCAUUCGAUAUCAGGAGGGCGAUGACAUAGAGCGCUGGCUGAUCAAUCUGCUGUGCCUGGACGCCACCAGUGUGCCGAUCGUCAGCUCGGGCUGUCCUACGCCCGCAGCCUGCGAGCUCUACUAUGUUGAUCGUGAUGCUCUCUUCUCGUACCACAAGGCUGCAGAAUCGUUUCUACAUCGUAUCGUCUCCAUCUACGUAUCCUCGCACUACAAGAACAGUCCAAAUGAUCUGCAAAUGAUGAGCGAUGCGCCAGCACAUCAUCUGUUCUGUCUGCUCGGACCUGUGCAGCGUAUGGAUCAGUUGCCCGAGAUUCUGGUGAUCAUACAGGUGGCUCUCGAGGGACAGAUUUCGGCACAAACAAUCAGCGAUUCGUUGGGGCGUGGCAGAAAGGCGGCUGGGGAUCUCAUACCCUGGAACAUUUCUGAGCAGUACGGGGACCGGGACUUUCCCAAGUUAGCGGGAGUGCGAAUCGUCCGUGUGGCCACUCAUCCCAAUUACCAGCGCAUGGGCUAUGGCAAGCGGGCUAUAAAGCUCUUGAAGGAUUAUUAUGCUCGCAAAUAUGCCAAUCUCGACGAUUCGGUGCCGACGACCACACAGCCUGAUAAUGGUAUCGAGGAGGUCGAGGAAGAAGAUGUGAGCCUAUUGCGAGAGAAUAUACGACCUCGGAACAAGGUUCCCACGCUACUCAAGCGUCUUCACGAACGACCACCAGAGCUCGUGGAUUAUGUUGGCACUUCAUAUGGUCUUACAUCGGAUCUGUUGAAAUUUUGGAAGAGUGCUGGCUUUGUGCCCGUCUACCUCAGCCAAAAAGCAAACGAUCUGACAGCAGAGCACACCUGUAUCAUGCUGCACACCCUGGACGAAGAUGCUAGCUGGCUGGGUCUUUACUACAAUGACUUCAGGCGGCGCGUUCUUAAACUGAUGGGCAAGACGUUCCGGGAGUUUGAGACCAAGUUGUGUCUGGCGCUACUGCGCAACAAAACGGUGCAAAUGUCAACACAGGCGGCGCUGGACAAGCACACCCUGGACGUAUAUUUUCUGCCGCACGAUCUGCAACGUCUGGAGGCCUACGCUCGACAGCAGGCCGAGUUCCGUUUGAUAAUCGAUUUGGUUACGGAUAUCAGUCAGUUGUACUUCCAGGGCAGGAUCGAGUCGCUGCAGCUGGACGUUGUGCAGCAGGGCAUAUUGCUUGCCAUGGGCGUUCAGGGCAAGAGCGUGGAUGCUGUAGGUGCAGAGCUGAACAUGCCCGGCAAUCAGAUACUGGCGAAGUUCUUCGAUGCCAUGAAAAAAUGUAAUCAGAGCUUCCGCAGCGUCAUCGAGGGACACAUCGAGGGCAAUAUGCUGGCCGAAGAGACGCUGCCGCGUGGCGAACAUCUUGAACCAUUGGCUCUUUCCCUCAACGAUGAGCUCGAUCGGACGGCCAACAAGUUGUCCAAACAGCAGCGCAAGGAGUUGAAGCGUCUAAAGGCGGAGAGUCUAGCCGAGUAUGAAAUAAAGGGCAGCGAGGAGGACUGGUCGAAGGCAUUGCAAAGCAGCAACUCCAAGGCACAAACCAACGGCAGUGGACUCGUGUCCGUUAAGAGCGGCGUCAAGCGUACGGAUGCUCCUAUCGAUGAUCAGCGCGAGGAUGUGACAGAGCCUAUAGCCAAAAAGCGAAAGGAGAAGAAAUUCAAAAACCGGACAAGCAGAUCUUUGAUUUAGUGUGCGCGAGAUGGCAUUACUUUUUAAGGUGUAUAUUUAUAGGGAAAUAUUUUUUACUGCUAGUACCGCGAAUUAUACAAUAAAAGGUUAGCCUAUAA